GGUCCCUCAGAUGCCAAAUGAAGAUGCUACCGAUCGGAGACAGCAAUGGACUCCCGUAUAUUUGAUGCUUGACAAAAGUUCUCCCGCUCCUACACCAUGCUGCACUUUCUGUUAUUCCCGGGCUACAUCCUCACCUUCAUACUGGGCGUCCCAUUGAACACCCUGGCCUUGUGCACCUUCUGCCGAAAAGUACACCGCAAAGCCACGCCCAUCGAUGUACUCCUCCUCAACCUCACCAUCUCCGACCUCAUCUUUCUCGUUUUUCUGCCCUUCAAAAUGAAAGAAGCCGUGGAUGAUAUGACCUGGUCUCUACCAUUUUGGCUCUGUCCUGUUACUGGUUUCAUUUUCUACGCCACCAUCUACAACAGUACUUUACUGCUAACCGCUGUUGCUGUGGAGAGAUAUUUGGGGGUCGCUUUCCCGUUAAGAUACUCGCUAUGUCGCCGUCCACGCUACGCAGUUUUGGCUAGCGUGAUAUUCUGGCUAGUAAGUUUGACGAAUCUGAGCAUUGUCUACAUCAUGCCAACUGCUAGAAUUCAAAAUGGCAGCACCCCAGGUUCUUGCUACUUAGAAUUCACUCCCGAAGAACUUGAAAUUGUGGUAAAAGUUCGAUUGGAGCUAUUUUUGGUCUUAUUUUGUGUUCCAUUUUUUAUUUGCACCUUUUGUUACAUCAAUUUCAUCUUAAUUUUAUUGCGUUUGCCAAAUAUUAGCAGACGUAAGCGCUUAAGAGCAAUAGGGCUAGCAUUAGGGACCUUAUUGGUUUUUGCGGUUUGUUUUGGCCCGUACAAUGUGUCCCAUGUGGUAGGGUUUGCCAGGAAAGAAAGUGAAGACUGGAGAACUGUUGCCCUCCUCUGCAGUACUUUUAACGCCUGCUUAGACCCGAUUAUCUUCUACUUUUCGUCAGCAGCUGUGCGAGGCAUGUUGAAACGGUGUUGUAAAAGAGUCAUGGCCAAAGCCCAUAUCCUUAAGUGUCAAAAACCUGCAAGACACUUGGACAAUGCUGAAAUUACAAGCUAAAAGUCCCAGGAUGUAAUGUUAUCUUGAGUUGUAAUUUAAAGGUGCACUAUAGCCUUGUUUCCAUUGGUACGCUUUGGACCAGCUCGGUACAGUCCACAAGUGUCUCCACUGUCUAAA